AUGGGUGAUCUUGCAAAUGUUAUGACAUCUUCAAAAGAUUUUGAUUCCGAAGUCAGUAAAAUUUGCAUCAAGCUCAUUAUUUACUGCGUCGCAUACAGUAUAGUAAUGGAAAUAAAGGAUAUCCUUGGAGGAAGCUCUGGCCCUUGGUUUCAAACUGAUAUCCGUAAGAACAUAUACAAGAAGUUAAUGAACCUGGACAUUUCAUUCUUUGAUGCUAACCAAACAGGUACAUUGCUCAACAAUAUUACUUCUGAUGUAGCAGUUUUGAAUGAAGUUUACAUUGCAAAGUUCUUGCAAGUUUUCAAUAACAUCAUCCAAGCCUUAUGCGGACUUAUCCUUUCAUUCGUAUACUCAUGGAGAGUUUCAUUAAUUGCUUGUGCGGCCAUUGCAUUGAGCAUUGUAAUUUAUUACAUUGGAGAAUAUUUUGUUGGAAGACUAUGGCAUGCGUUCAAUCAGAGCGUUAGUAAUGCAUCGACUAAGGCAGAACAAGUAAUCAUGGCUAUCAAAACUGUGAAAUCAUUUGAUAAUGAAAUGAAAGAAGCUGACAAAUUUGAGGAGAGUGUCAAUCAAAUCAACAAAGUUUAUAACAGAACAUCAAUCAUUAUCGGCUGCAAGGAUGGUUCAAUUACAGCCAUUUCAUUGUUCAUGAUCAUUGGUAUCAUCUAUUAUACAACUUGGAUGAUUGCUAAAAAGCCAGAAUGGGGAAUAAAGAAUGGAGAUCUUAUGAUUCUUGUGCCAUCAUUGAUCUUCUCAACAAUUGGUGUUACUCAAGCACUACAGAUGAUUGAUGACUUCAAUAAGGCAAAUGUUUCAGGUGAAAGAGUUCUUGACAUCCUUGAAACACCUAUUAUCACUGAUAGGAGAGUAGGUGAUGACUUCAAAUCAGAUAUCAAAGGAAAAAUUGAAUUCAAGAAUGUUGUUUUCAAGUAUCCAAUGACAGAGCAUUACACUAUUAAUGAUCUUUCAUUUACAAUCAAUCCAAGAGAAACAGUUGCUCUUGUUGGAGAAUCUGGAUGCGGAAAAUCAACAACACUUCAACUACUUCAGAGAUUUUAUGAUAUUGAAAGUGGACAAAUCUUAAUUGAUGAUAUUGAUGUCAGUAAGAUAUCACCAUAUAACCUUCUAAAAUACAUUUCAAUUGUCCCACAAUCACCAGUUUUAUUUUCGAUGAGCAUUAAAGAUAACAUCAGAUAUGCAAAAAUGGAUUCGACUGAUAGUGAAAUUGCCAACGCCGCCAAAGUUGGAAAUGCACACGAUUUCAUUAUGAGGUUACCAGAGAACUACAAAACAGAAGUUGAUAUUACAAGCCUUUCUGGUGGUCAAAAACAAAGAAUCUGCAUCAGCAGAGCAAUCUUGAUGAACUCACUAAUACUUUUACUCGAUGAAGCCACCGCUGCUCUUGAUACAGAGAGUGAAAGACUUGUUCAAGAAUCACUUGAAAAGGUGCGCCAAGGAAAAACAGCCAUUGUUGUUGCUCACAGACUUGCAACAGUUAUUAAUGCUGAUCGAAUCCUUGUUUUCAAGGAAGGAAAAGUAAUUGAGAGCGGCACUCAUAGUGAGCUUGUUGCAAAAGGAGGCUACUAUGCAGCUCCUAACAUAGUCUAA